UUUGUGACACAGAUGAUGCUCUUUGUUUACAUCCAGCACUCACACGGUUAAUCGGGUCUGACAAACGAUGAGCACCUGCGCAUGCGCAGUGCGCACCGAUGGAGGAAACAGCCGGGGAGUAGUCAAAUUAUCCACGAUCGGAAAGAGACGGAGUCGAGAGAGCAAAAGCCAAGGAUAGAAACAGAAAGGGAAAAUUAAAAAAAGAAAUAAACCCAGCUCGGGUUCGUUUGGCUUUUUCUGUCUCCACCGACAAGUAUGCUGGAGUCGUCGCUUCCGCUCAGGUGUCCGCUUCCCGGUCGCUGAAUGGCGCUGGUUACCGUGCAGCGUUCACCGACCCCCAGCACCAGCUCCAGCCCCUGUGUGUCGGAGUCCGGUAGUGGGGAGGAUGACCGCCGUUCUCACCCAAGGAGCAUCAGUGAAAGUUUCCUGACAGUCAAAGGAGCUGCAGUCUUCUUACCUAGAGGAAAUGGCUCCUCCCCUUCUUCUGCAUCCCGCUUCUCACAGCUCCGCAACAAACAUGCAGGAGACAUUCAGCAGCAUCUACAGACCAUGUUUACACUCCUCAGGCCAGAGGACAACAUCAAACUGGCGGUUCGUUUGGAGAGUGCCCAGUCUCAGAUCACCCGCUACAUGGUGGUGGUCUCAACCAAUGGUCGUCAGGAUACAGAAGAAAGUGUGGUACUGGGUAUGGACUUCAGUCCUGUAGACAGCUCCUGCUCUGUAGGGCUGGUUUUACCCUUAUGGAGUGACGCUCGGAUACAUUUGGAUGGAGAUGGGGGUUUUAGUGUGUCAACUGAUAACCGAGUGCAUGUGUUUAAGCCUGUUUCAGUGCAGGCCAUGUGGUCUGCUCUUCAGUCACUCAUAGCAUGCGAGGUGGCUCGUUGCCACAACUACUUCCCCGGCAGCUUGUUCCUCACAUGGGUCAGUUACUAUCAAAGCAGGGUGUCUUCUGACCAGGCACGCAUCAACGAGUGGAACGCCAUGCAGGAUGUACAGUCACACCGUGCUGACUCGCCCGUCCUCUUCUCUGAUGUACCGACAGAGAGAGAGCUGACAGAGCGGCAGAUCAAAUCAAGUUUGAAGGAGAUCAUGACGCAGAAAGACUUGGAGAAUAUCACUUGUAAAGAGAUUCGAACAGAGCUGGAAAUGCACAUGACAUGCAACCUGCGAGAGUUCAAAGUCAUUGACAAUGAGAUGAUUGUGAUUCUGGGCCAGAUGGACAGUCCAACAGAGAUCUUUGAUCAUGUCUUUUUGGGAUCUGAGUGGAAUGCAUCCAAUUUGGAGGAGUUACAGAAGAGCAGAGUUCAGUAUAUCCUGAAUGUAACAAGAGAGAUCGAUAACUUUUUCCCUGGCCUGUUCGAGUAUCACAACAUCCGUGUCUAUGAUGAGGAGGCCACUGACCUGCUUGCCUAUUGGAAUGACACCUACAAGUUUAUAUCUAGAGCCAAGAAAGCUGGGUCCAGGUGCCUGGUGCAUUGUAAAAUGGGUGUCAGCCGCUCUGCAGCCACGGUGAUCGCCUACGCCAUGAAAGAGUACGGCUGGGACUUACAAAGAGCUUUUAAUCAUGUCAAGGAGAGGCGAGCUAUCGCCAAGCCCAACCCCUUUAUGAGGCAGCUGGAGGAGUAUCAGGGCAUACUGCUGGCCAGCAAACAAAGACACAAUAAACUUUGGCGAUCUCACUCUGAUAGUGACCUCUCGGAGCACCAUGAACCUCUGUCCAAAUCCCACGCCCAACCUCACAGCCUGGGCCGCUCAGAUCCCCAUAACCAGGCCGGCAACACACCUGGUCCUUCUGUGAAGGAACUGCUGGAAUCUGCGGGCGCUUCAUUAAGGGCUUGUAAAGGGGCCCAGUCUGAUUGCCAGCCUGGUACUGGCAUCCAGUCCAAUCAGCUCAGCUCUUCAUCAACAGAUGGGGUGAUGGUUUUAUCACAUGAUGCUGGAGCUCCAAGCCCUAAGAGUCCUUGUCUUUCUGCUGUAGGAUGUAAUCAGCUGAAUGCCCCCUAUACUGAAGCCACAGCUGGAUCUGUGCCUCCAGUGUCACCUCCGCUUUCCAACGGUGUAUGUGACUCGGAGGAACAGUACUCAUCGCCGCCUCAGACCCAGCCAAGAGCCGCCACUGUGGUGCCUGAACUUAUAAAGACAGACGUCUCUGUGGUGACUGUUGUGGAAAAAGUUGUCGUGGGCCAACCUCUUCCACCCCCAUCCCUUCACCACCUCUCCCUUACCAUUGCCCUGCCUCCAACUCAAGUCUUCACAGACAAGGAGAUCCACUCGCCUGUGGUAAAGCCUGGCCAUGAGCCACAGAUACCAGUGCCUGAGCCUGUAAUGGUGCAAACACCAAGCACACAACAGGUCGGAGCCCAAAGCCUGUCUGCACCAGUGCCUGCCGAAAAAAACGACUGUGAAAAACCUUUUUGUGCGUCAUCUUUACACAGUUCAUCUGAUUCUCUCACCACUUGUGACUCCGUCAGCCACCCUGGUGCCAUUAUUCAAGAUGAGGCAUUGUUCACCCCCAGUGCAGAUCACAUUAACUUUUUCAGUGCCAGAGAGAAGUUCAAGGGUAUGACUCAAGAUGGCCAGCCUCACUGUGUUGCAGGACAACACUCGCCCCCACCGAAGAGUUGUGGCAAGGAGCAGCAAGUGAUUGGACAGGAGGACUCAAGAGAGGGAAAGGAGGAGGAGAUCAUAAAGGAAACUGCUGUUCCUGCACAGGUCACAGGACUGAAGCCCGUGGUGCACACAGACUUGUCAUCUCUUCACCCUCUCAGCCAGCCAGGGCCUCCAGGCUCCCGGGAACAGGAUAUAAGGAAGUCAAAGCAGGAAACAGAGGACAGAGAUUUUUUAUUACAGAAGGAAGUUGGGAAUGUGAAAAACAAAGAGGAGGAGGAUGCAGUGGCGGCUCCUCCUCAUCUCUACAGUGAUUGGACAAGGGGCUCGGUCCGGCGGGUCACACGGCAGCUGGAGCAGCGAAUGAAACAGGAGCAUGAGUGUCCUUCGCCCUCCUCAUCACCGCCAUCGCUUUCCGCCCCCUCCUUCUCUCAGCGUCUCUCAGCUGAUGUCAGCGCUCCAGUGGUACCUAAUACCCAGGAUGCAUCGCUAUGUUCACAGGGGUUGGUAGUUAGCACUGGGCCCAAAAAGCAAGAGGGGGAUGGUGGGAAGUUUGUUGUUAGUUCACUAGUAAAUAGCAGAAGCACAAAAGCACACACACUCAAGCCUGCUGAUUCUCGGUUGAUUUCUACCUCGUCGUCAUUCCAUCACUCUGCUCAAUCGCCCUUUGCAUCUGUGAACUUCCUGUGUUUAGAAGGAGUCACACAACUUGAAUCAGGCACUGACUGGGACAACUCAGAGGUCCCCCAUAGUGACACCAUCAUGAGGGAGACUUGGGAGACGUUGUGUAAACUCGGUGCCUUCCUGCAGCAGGUCAGCAUGGGCGGACUCUGUAAGGACAGGUGUUGGGACCAGGUCUUUGGGCUGGAUGGCAGAGCCACAAGGAAGGCAGGUAGCAGCCUCCAGAAGAGAGUCAGAGAGGUGGAGACUCUGAUUCGCAGGGCAGGGCUGACUCCUCCAUCUCUGAUGAAGCGCUCAGCCUCUCUGGCCAAACUCGGCUGCCUGGAGCUUCGAGCCAAUGACCUGAGUGAGUGGGGGUCUAGCCGAGCCUCUGUAGCCCUGUGCUCAGCAGAACCUCCGGCUCACACAGUUAGUGACGAGUCCAAAAAACAGCGGGUCCACAACUGUCCUCCUUUGCCCAUUCGACAAGCAGAAGUCCUCAUGGUUCCCACGGAGAGGCUCUCUGAAGCUGGAGAUAAGUCACCAGAAGUCUCUCCACCUUCAAAUCAAAGUCAGCCAAGAGGUACUCUCCCCAACUCUGGCCAAGACUCUUUGAUCGCACCAGAACCGAUGCCCAUGAUGACGAAGCAGCAAUAUGGAAGGACUCACCCCCUGAGGCGGCUAAAGAAAAGAACUGUCAGUACCCUCUACCACACCUUGUAACUCACUGUGUGUGUGUGGCUCAUGUGUACCUGUGAGAGAUGGAAAUUAAUUGCAUAUGUUUGAUUUAUUCAACAUAAAUCAAUGUAUGUUGCCUUAAAGGAUGUUUUUAGUAGUUUUUGUGCUUUUUUUUUUUUUUUUCCUCCCCUGCAGAUCUGCCAAGAGCCUCUGUGAAAUCCAUGCUAAGAGAUACUUGUCUUGAUGCAAGAACAGUGACAAGGCUCUGAAGGUUCCAGGUCAAAUAAGGCAUUAAAACACACUGUAGUUUAAACACUUGUAAAAGAACUCAGCAAAAACAGUCAUCCAACUUGGUAACUCAUUGGAAAUGUGAAUGUGCUCAAGUCUGCACAUUCAGUAAUAAAACUUAGCCUUUUUUAAUCUUUGUUUACUUUAUUGCUGUUAGUGGAUUGAAAAGUCUGACUUGAUGUUAGGUGGAAUCUUGCCUCUUUUUCCUCCCGUCUUUUCUAUAUUUCAUCAUUGUUCAUCUGUAGAUGUGCUGAUUUUACUGGAUGGCUUCCUGGUGCAAUCUGACACAUUGCCGGGUUUCCAGAUGUGGGGAAUACUGCUAUUUAUACUCAACUGUUGCAUCGAAACGAUGUUUGAAAACUAACGUGUCAUAUUAAGAACUAAGCCAUUGCUAACCGUGGCAAGCGUUGGCAUAGGUUGAGCAUAACACAUGUAACCUGUAAAUGAAUACAUUUGACUGGAUACAUUUUUCAAACCUAGUCAUCUAAUAAAAUAUCAACUCAGACUGUUCCCCUAAAGGAAAACAUAAAUAGCCCACAAUAUUAUUCAGAUAUGCAAAAUUAGUUUUGGAUCAGACCCCCCCCCCCCCCCCCCCCCCCAAAAAAAAAGAAAAUAUCUGAUCCAGAAAUUUUGUCAGAUAAUAGACUGAAAAAAAAAAAUCUAAUAUACUGGAUCAGCACAGUCUUACUAUGUAGUCACACUCACCACAGUAAAUGGAUUUGGCAUAACUGCAUCUGUUAAUGCUAAUCACAAAGGCAUGAUUGCAUAUAGUGGCACUCCUCCACAUCUGGAAUUUCGGUAAAUUGCAGAAAACCUUUGUCACUGUUAAAAAAUAUUUCAACUAUAACAAUAACUCCAAAUCAGAAGUUUGUAACUUUGGCAGACAUUUGUCAGAAAACUGUAUAGAAGCUCCAGAUGUUUCAUUUUGAUGCUGCUUGGGACUGAUUUUUAAAUGUGGUAUAUGCAUCUAUCGACAAGGAAGCUCAGGUCGAACUUCAGAAACACAUUAACGUGCUUGAUAGCUGGGAGAUGUCUAAUCGCUGGAUUUGUGUGUAUGUGAAAUAACUGGAAGGGCAUGUGCCCAGUGGCACGUGUUCAAGCAAGUGAAAAUGUUUUCUUGUACUCUAGUUUAAUGAGGAAAGAGGCACCCUGUUUUGUUUUUUCUCUAACUACACAAUACCUCAUUAAGUCUGAACCAAAUCUGCUCUGAAGAGAUGUCAGACCCUGGAUUUCUGGAAUGUCUGCCAUCAGAAACCGUUUUAUGACUCAUUUUCCUGACAUCUACACAUCUCUGUUUUAAAUUGUCCUACAUUUUGAUACCACUUUGUGUGUACAUGUGUGUUAAAGGGCAAACCUGGUGAUUGGGUAUUUGGGUAUAACUUGUGAAUUUAAUGUUUUAUUUUUUGUUUUUGGCUGUAAAGGUAAGAGUAUAUUGUGACAUUUUAAGAAGUGCAUAUGAUUUUAUAUUUGGUUUAUGUCUCAGUUUGAAUGUUUAGCACAGCUUUACUUUUUUUUUUUUUCUUCUUUUAAGCGAUUGUCUCUUCUGUACACAUCUGGGAUGUGCCUGUGACUGGCAAGUGAAGCUCUCUGCAGUCGACCAGAAAUGUCUGUACAGGGACGUCUGUCAUACUUGCACUUUACUCCCUUUUUCAUUUUAAUAUGGCUUUUUUUAAUGUAUGUUUGCUACUUUUGGGGAGCAGACAUAGUAGCACCUGACAGAUGUGUUAAAACUUGAUUUCCCACCCCCAUUGAUUUUAAACUCACUGUAAAUAUUCUUUUAUAUCACGUGCUGCAACUGUGACUAUUAAAACAAGAGAUUAUAGAAGGUCCAGUGGUUUUGCUGUAUGUGCACGCUUGUAAAGUUCUCAUUGUAUUGGUUUCAACACAAGGAAAAUGUUGGUUUAAAAGUAUCUUUGUUUAAUUCUGAAUUAGAAAAACUAUCAGGAGUGCUGCUCAUUCUUUAUAUUGAUUUGUCUCUUUAAAACUUAAACUGUCCUGUGGUUAUUGUUCAGUUUGGACAUAUUAAAGAGAAUUUAGGUUCCAC